GAUUAAUUUCAUCUCAUGUGAUCAGGUCCGGGCAUUAGGAGUUGCAGAAGUAGCGGAUUUAAAAACUUUCUGUCUGCUAGUCUUUUCGUCGAAAUAGCACUUCAAGAAGAGUCCCUGACUUCCAAAAGGGAAAACAUGGCUUUUUAAACUGUGACUGCCUUCCUCCUCACCAUAAAGCUUCGUGUGCUUUGCUUCUGCAACGCACUUUACAAGACUAUUCAGAAACUAUGGGGUCUUCAACUACUCUUUCAUCCACCCAGUGCACGGUUUGUGCUUGUGAACAAUUCGAUCGAAGCAGACGACACAAUGGCGGCAUCGAUCCUUCGCAAGAAAAUUCCUCCCAUUUCCACAGGCGAGCUUGGCGCUCCCCUUCUCCAACAGGCUAGCCACAACCAAUCACGGCCAAGGACGGGGGCGGAGCCAGUGGAGAGGCAGCACUUAAUUGGUGAUGGUCACUCAGAUUGGAUGACGGAAAAAGUUGAUUUGUCUUCAUUUGUGUCGACGACCGAGUCUUCUCCAAGCUCUUCCCUUCCACCCUCGCCAUUAGAACAAGAUGUCAAGGUGCCCUCGGAUCUGGAGGUCAUGACCUCUCUAUUGCAGGAGGAGCUGGCUCAGCUGGAGGACUACUUCCGCUCCGAGUCCACAUCCACGACAAGCAAGUUGGAGAAAUCCUCAAAAUGUGACAAGGGUGCUCAAGCCAUGGGCUCCCAGUCUUAUUAUCAGUUACCCUAUGGGUCCUAUGGGUCCAGCCAAUCAGAAACCAGCCCUGUGGUUGUUACCUUGGCAACAGGGGAAUUGGACCUGGCCAGCUUCUGUGGCGGUCCCAUCGGCAGAACCAAAAUUGCUCGACCUGCUCCGUACAACUACCAUCACCGCUACCACCACAACAACGGGCGAAGAAUAAUCAGUGAGACUGUGAAAGUCGGGGAGGAAGUUGGACUUGAUACGUGGGGCUCCAGGGGAAGUUACUCAGGAAGCACAGAGUUGUCUGUGAACCACUACUCCACACUGAAGACAGUAAGCAAGAACAGCCUCGGCAGCGUCAAGAAGGUGAGAGAAUGUGCUUUAUCGUUGAAGGAAGAGGAAAGUUAUUGUUUUUCAGAAGGAAUGUUUUGCAGUGAAGAGAUUGCUCGAGGUUUUUGUCUUGGUGGCUCAUACGAGAGCCACCACAAGCGAGAGGGACAGUUGAUGCACAAUGUUAAGGUCAAUGUAAGUUACGACGGCACAGGGCUCGAUGUGUUGCACUGCAGCAAAGAUGGAGGACUUUCUGGAAGUAUUCCCCAAGAGACAAUGGUGGCCGGUGACGGCUACUUCCAUCAGUCCAUGGCCAGCACAGAGCCUUACCAUAGCUUUAUAGGUGACUUAGAUCAGCCGUCACAAGCACAGGCUGUAGAGCCCCAACAUGGCCACUACCUCUAUCCAGAAUGCCUUGCAGACCAAAGCUAUGAAUGUCUGUCCAGAGGGGAGGGUGAGGGGCCACUGAUGGGUGCCCCCAUCCACCGCCCCACCCAGAGGCUAAAGGAUGAGCACUGCUCCAUUAAACCAUCUCUGGUGAUGGGCGCCGCUUCUCUGGAUGCUGGCAGUGGAGAGAGGAAGCAGAAGAAGAGAGACCAGAACAAAACUGCUGCUCAUAGGUACAGGCUGCGUAAGAGGGCGGAGCUAGACUCUCUGGAGGAGGAGCUGCAUGGCCUCGAGGGGCAGAACCGGGAGCUUCGUGACAAGGCGGAGUCAGUGGAGCGAGAAAUCCAGUAUGUCAAAGAUUUACUGAUCGAGGUCUACAAGGCUCGAAGUCAGCGGCUCAAACAGGAUGGCAGUGCCUAAAAUGCCCACGCUGACCUCACAUCCAAAUCUCCCAACCAGCAGCAAGAGAAAAAUCAAGUCAAGAGCACCAACUGGUUUUUGUCUCACAAAAAUGAAAUGGUAGUUGCAUGAUUUUCGUAGUUUUUUUCUAAAGAAAAUAUAAUUGUUCCAAGAGGAUGGCCAAACAAAAACACACCUUUCCUAAAAAAAGAAAAGGAGAAGUUUCCAGAUGGGUGACUAAACUAAUAAAAGCCUUAGUGAGGUGGCUUCUAGAGGAGAUGCUGAACUUGUCCGUGACCACUGUGAUCCGAACUGCACUCACAGCCUUGUGAUGACUGAGUUUGCGCUUGCAAUGAUUGAUCGUUUACAAAAUGCUCUUUGAAUUAGUAGUAGUGAUUGAAUUUGCUUGUGGUUUUUGUGACACACAUUGGCAGCAUCAAGGCAGAUCCAUACUAAAUAUAUAUUUUAUUUUAUAUUUUAUUUUUACUUAAUAAUGUUCAUUUAUCAUUUGCUUAAACAAUCAAGUGAAUAAAGGGAUUGCUGGAAAAAGUGUGUAACAUGCUCUACAAAUAUUCAUUAUCAGAAACAUUUAGAAAUUUGUAUUGCUAAAAUGUUGAGUAUUUACACUUCUUUACCCCACUGAAAUACCCAAUGCAUGUUUGAUUUUGGAAAAGCAUGUGCGAGUGUUCUUUGAAGGCAAUAUUCUGUUAACUGCAUGGCUUCAAAAUCUCCACCGUGUCAAUUUGACUGAGUUGACUUUACUCUUCUCAUCAGCUGACGACUUUUCUCUGAGUUUUUUCCCUGCCAGUGUGAUUCAUGCUCAGGUUUUGGUUUUCAGCUCUGAGAAACAGAAACAUUCACUGGCUUUUUUCCUUUCUCUUCUCUCUCGGCUGUAUUUUGCGAACAAACAAUCACCUGUUGACGCAACAAUAAAUUGUUGUUGGGUAAUGGUACGACGUCAUGGGAAUUUUGUUUUAAAUUGAUCAAUUUGAUGUAUCUGAAAUUCAGGUUCUUUUAAUAGUCAAUGUCAAUGUCAGGAAAUUAUACAUCAGGUAAAUUGCAGCCAAAUAAAAUUAAGUUAUGUAGUAUCAUUCA